AUGGAUCCAGAAGGCUCUCUAAAACGAAAAUUUGUCUCCCAGGAAGAGAUAGACGAAGCUCGUCGGAAAAGACAAGAAGAAUGGAAGAUUGUUAUGGAGAAGACGGGGAAAGAGGCUCCUCAGCAAGAGGAGGAAUAUGAUCCUCGAACUUUAUACGAGAGAUUACAAGAGCAGAAAAUGAAAAAGGAAGAAGCAUUUCAAGAGCAGACUAGAUUAAGUAAUCUCAUUCAUAGACUAGACGAGGACGAGAUUGAAUUCUUGGCUACGUUGGAGAAUCAAGAGCGCAAAAGCGAAAAAGUAAAGCUCAAAAAAGAAGAAGAACUUCUCGAAGAAUUCAGACGUGCUGCAGCAGAAGCAGAUGAAGCCACUCAUAACGCAAUUUCAGUAAUAACCGGCUUUGCGUCGCAUGCUAAACAGCAUCCUGAUAAGCCUAAGGUCAUCAAACACGAUGCACAGAAGGAUAUCUUGAAAAAUGCGGUAAAGAGGCGGAAAGUAAUGAUUCAGAAAAAAGCAUCGGGAGAUAGUGAAACCGGAAGUGAUCAUUUGAACAAGAAGAUUAAGAUCGAAGAUACGAGGGAUAAGAAUGAAGGCGAUGGUGAUGGCGCGAAAAAAAGUGAAGAAAAAAAGAAGGGUAGUAAGAAAGAAGGUGAUAGUGCUGACGCCACCAAGAAAACUGAGAGAGUGGAUAAAUCGAGAAGAUGA